CGUUGCCGAGUCUCCCCGAGUGAAACCGAGUGAGGUCUCUGGAUCAGCUGACUGUGGAUGGAUCUCUUCUCUGUUUAGUCAAUCAAAGAUACAUACAAUCAGCUUCUGAUCGAUCAAUAACCGACACCGACAUGCCGUCGCUUCUGUUCUGCGGGCCGAAGAUGGCAGCGUGCGGGAUAGUGAUCAGUAUCUGGGGGGUCAUCAUGCUGGCGAUGCUGGGGAUCUUCUUCAGCGCCAAGUCAGCCGUGCUGAUCGAGGACGUCCCGUUCACCGAGGAGGACAUCCGUAACGAUAAAAAUCCUCCUCAGAACAUCUACAGUCUGUACAACCAGGUCGGCAUCAACUGCUUCAUCGCCGCCGCCAUCUACGUGGCGGUGGGCGCCGUCUCGCUCUGCCAGGUCCGACUCAACAAGCGGCAGGAGUACAUGGUCACAUAAGCGGCUGCAGCCACGACCUCUGACCUCUGACCCCCCCGACCCGACAACCCGAGGACCCCGACAUCGGCGCGAAAGUUUACGUUACACACAACUUCCUUUAGAACCGACCAAUCAGCAAGCUGACGUCACCGGAGGGUCGUUUAAAUGAUUAAUGAAGUGAGGGGCGGCGGUCAGACGUCACCGGGAUUAUUUAUUGUAAAGUUACAACCGUUGUUGUUGUUUGUUGUUGUUGUUGUUGUUGUUGUUGAUGAUGUUGUUGUUGUAUGAAGCGUUACAUCAUUCCUUUUAACGGGCGUCAAAACUCCUGCAGGUCACAUUUAUUUUAUUAGAUUUACAUUAACGAGGAAGCAGUUAUAAAUGAAUUCAUCUCCAGCGAGUGCUGGUUUACAGAGUAGAGAGAAUUUUAAUGUUAUUAAUAGAAGCGGUGUCAGAAGGUUCAGAUCUUCCUCUAAAUGUUAAAGGAAACGUGUGUUCAGGCUGUUUGUCAUUGAUGCGACUGGAUCAACUCAGACGUCUUGUUAUGCUCCUUUGCAAUAAAGUGUGUGUGUAAAAAAAAUAAACCUAAAAGAUUAUUGUCUUAUUA